GCCUACACCAGUGAGUAGCGAACAAUCCAUUACCUUUUUUUCACGCGUUGGGAAAAUUAAAGUGUUUCUGAAUUUCUGCUACGGAUAAUUGUAACGCAGAGAUAUUUGCAUUUCUGCAAUAAAAAACAUUAAAAAAAGAAAAAGAUUUUAUUUAGAAAUAGAAAAACGUUAAAAUAAUUCACAAAUUUUCUUCGCUAAGCAAGAAAUAAACGAAUUAAAUUGAUUUUUCUAUAUAUAUACGUGCGUGUGUGUGUAUAUGUGACUAUACGGAAUUUUUCAUUUGCUUUUGUGUGAUAGAUGAUUGAUACAUAACUUUUUCUUAUAUACUCGACACCACGAAAAACGGAUUAAAUAAAAAAAAACUAUAUACUAUUUAUCUGAAAAACAAAGACUAAUAAGUACUAACUAUAUUGAUAAAAGAAAUAAUUGCGAAAAUUUCCUAAACGGAAAAGCACCGAAAAAAUUAGAAACUGAUUGGAAAGUAAUAUGAGUAAUGCUAUUAACCAAAAUGGCACAGGUCUAGAGCAGCAAGUUGCUGGUCUGGACUUGAAUGGCGGCAGAGCUAACAGCAGCCCCAUAACAACAAAAAGUUCUCUUUCUUCAAGCCAAGCAGAUAUUUAUGUGCCACCACAAUUAAGAGGUGACACGAAUUUCGCACCCCUAGCUUCAAAUUCAAACGAUUCACGUUACGAAUCCCGAGGCGGUGGAGGAAAAUUCGAUAACAGAGGUGGAGAUCGUGAUCAACAGCAACAACGUGGUGGAGAAUAUCGUCGAGGAGGCGGUGGUCGCAACUUUAAUUCACGUGGUGAUCGUCAAAGUGGUGAUUUUAGUAACUUUAGCGGCCGUCGUGGUGGUGGAAGAUACGAGGAUAAUUAUAACGGUGAAAACGAUUCGAGACGAGGAGGAGACGAUUGGAAUCGCGGAGGAGGAAGAUCUCAAAACAAUAGAAACUACGAUCGCCGAGAGGACGGAGGUAGCAACAACUAUCGUGGUCGUGGCAGUGACCGACGCAAUGGUCCAAACGAUGAAGCGCCUCGUAACAAUCGUUGGCAGGAGCCAGAACGUCGCCCAGAAGACACAGAACGCGGUGUUGAGGAACAACAAGGUGGUGGUGGUGGAGGCAGCGGUGGCGGAGGUGGUGAACGCCGAUAUGGAGGUCGAUGGAAUGAUGAACGCCGCGGCGAUAUUGAUUACACCAAAUUGGGGCCGCGCGACGAGCGCCUUGAAGCCGAGCUAUUCGGCGUCGGUAAUACCGGCAUCAAUUUUGACAAAUACGAGGAUAUACCCGUGGAAGCGACGGGCAAAAGUGUCCCGGCCAACAUCACAUCCUUCGAUGAUGUGCAGUUGACAGAAAUUAUUCGCCAUAAUGUACAAAUGGCUAGAUAUGACAAACCGACACCGGUACAAAAGUACGCGAUUCCAAUUAUUAUAAAUGGACGCGAUUUGAUGGCUUGCGCCCAAACCGGUUCAGGCAAAACGGCUGCCUUUUUAUUGCCGAUAUUGAAUCAAAUGUAUGAGCAUGGAAUACCGCCACCACCCCAAAACACUCGUGGCUAUAACCGUCGCAAGCAGUAUCCAUUGGGUUUGGUGCUGGCACCAACUCGUGAAUUGGCAACACAGAUAUUCGAAGAGGCCAAAAAAUUUGCCUAUCGCUCUCGCAUGCGCCCCGCAGUUUUGUAUGGUGGUAAUAAUACCACCGAACAGAUGCGUGAAUUGGACCGAGGAUGCCAUUUGAUUGUGGCCACUCCUGGACGCUUGGAAGACAUGAUAACCAGAGGCAAAGUAUGUUUGGACAAUAUUCGUUUUUUGGUUUUGGAUGAGGCCGAUCGAAUGUUGGACAUGGGUUUUGAACCCCAAAUCAGACGCAUUGUUGAAGAAUCGAAUAUGCCGGGGCGAGGACAACGUCAAACUCUUAUGUUCUCGGCCACCUUCCCAAAACAAAUACAAGAGUUGGCAUCUGAUUUCUUGAGUAAUUACAUUUUCUUGGCUGUGGGUCGUGUGGGUUCCACAUCGGAGAAUAUAACGCAAACUAUUUUGUGGGUUCAUGAACAGGACAAACGUUCGUAUCUACUGGACUUGUUAGAAACCAUACGUGCUGGCACUGAAAACUUUAAGGAUUCUCUAACGCUGAUCUUCGUUGAGACGAAAAAGGGCGCUGAUGCUUUGGAAGAGUUCUUGUAUCAGUGUAAUCAUCCCGUCACCUCCAUUCACGGCGAUCGUACGCAGAAGGAACGCGAGGAAGCCUUGCGUUGUUUCCGUUCGGGAGAUUGUCCCAUUUUGGUGGCCACCGCUGUAGCCGCUCGUGGCUUAGACAUUCCUCAUGUAAAGCAUGUUAUUAAUUUCGAUUUGCCCUCAGAUGUUGAGGAAUAUGUGCAUCGUAUUGGUCGUACCGGACGUAUGGGCAAUCUCGGUGUAGCCACUUCCUUCUUUAACGACAAGAAUCGUAAUAUUUGUUCAGAUCUGGUUGAGCUAUUGAUUGAAACGAAACAAGAAUUGCCUAGUUUCUUGGAGGAUAUGAUGGCAUCCGAUAAAUCAUAUGGCGGCAACAAGCGUCGAGGUGGCGGAGGCAAUCGUUAUGGCGGUGGUUUUGGAUCACGAGAUUACCGUCAACAAUCGGGCGGCGGCGGAGGCAGCCGUGGCAGCAACAAUCGUUCUUCAGGAGGCAAUCACGGAGGCGGUGGUUCCUACCGUAGCAAUGGCAAUUCCUAUGGAGGCGGUGGUGGUGGUGGUGGCGGCGGCGGUUACUAUGGUAGCAGCAGUUAUGGAAAUGAUGGCGGCAAUUAUGGAGGAAAUUCCUCGUCUGGUCCUGAUUGGUGGGGAGGUCAGUAAGCCCACACGAUAAGAAAACAGCCCGAAAGAAGAGAAACAGAUAACGAAAACUUCGAGGAAACCCACAAAAUAGAAUUUAAAAAGAAGAAGAAAUCAGUGAAUAUAUAGAAAAUAAACACACAAAUUAUAGUUGAUCCCAUAAAAUAUCAGAUAAAAUUACACACAAAGAAAAACCUAAAACGCGAAAUCGAACAGUAAAAAACGCAAAACAAUAUAAGCAAAAAUCUUUUUUGAAAUACAUACAUAUAUUACAAGAAUAUAUAUAAAUAUGAAAACAUACUUUAUUUAAUGAAACAGCAAAAAUAUUUUUUUCCUAUUUUUUUUAUUAUUAUUAGUUUUCUUUAUUGAUGAUAUUGGUAUAAUACCAAAAAAAAACACAACAGCAACAUAUAUUGCAACAAAAUACCUUUGAAUCUACUUUAAAUACAUUUUUACCAUCAUUAAAAUUAUUAUAUUAAAUAUAAUUUUCUAUCUUACAACAAACACUACACACACUUCCCCCAACUCCAACACACACACCUCCAUCCCUUAACAAUAUCCAAAAUGAGAAAAAUUGAGAUAGCAAAAAAUUUAUCAAAUCCAUAUAAAUUUUCAAUUAUAAAAUCUAUUUUACUUCAAAUUCUUCUCUCACUCAACACCAGACAAUUCUGAAAGGAAUAAAGCAACAAAAACAUUAUUUAAAUAAUCUUAAAAAAAAACAACAAAAAUAUGAAUGUUUUAAAUUGAACUUUGAAAAACACAAGAAAAAGCCAAUCGCUAACUAAAAAACAAUAAAAUAUAGAAAAAAAACCGAAAAAACCAUAAAA